AUGGUUUUGCCAACAACACUCCCCAAGUUAGUGAGUUUGGAGUUUAAUUACUGCUCUAGAUGCAGAGAACUCCUUCCCUUGCAAAACUUUACGUCUCUUAAGGAGCUGGUGAUUUAUGAUUGCAGUGGGUUGACAGAUCUGUUCGGUGACAUAUUACACUCUUGUACCUCUCUCCAAAGGCUUAGUGUGAGUUGUUGCAAGAAUCUUAUCCCCUUUCCAAUUGAUUUGCAACAGACGCCUUCUCUUUUGGAGCUGGAAUUAUACCGGUGUCCCAAACUGAAAACAAGUAUGACGCCUAAAGGAUUUGGUUUCCUAACCAGCUUAAACUGCCUUGUAAUUGGUCCCUUCUCAGAUGAUAAUGAUCAUGAAAAUUCUUCAAUUUACAAUGAAUUUGAUUGGUCUGGUUUGAUAUCCUCCUCCUAUUCAUCAUCAACACUUCGUGAACUAAAAUUAUAUGGGUUGCCACACAUGGAUUCGCUGCCAUUUCUGCUCCAAUACUUGACCACCCUCAUAUCACUAUCGCUACAUGACUUUGGAGGUAUAGAAGCUCUACCAGAUUGGCUCGGAAACUUUACAGCUCUUGAGUACCUGGAUUUAUCUGAUUUCAAAAAGCUUCGACAUUUACCCUCUGACGAUGCCAUGAGACGCCUCACCAAAUUAAAGCAUUUGCGGGUUUUUUGUUCUCCUCUCUUAAAAGAAAGAUGCACUCCUCAGAGUAGUGGCCCUGACUCCCAGUGGUCCAAGGUUUCUCAUAUUCAAUACCUAGACAUCAGUAGUGGUUAA